AUGCUCUACCAACUGAGCCACACAGGACUAUUCAAACUUAGUUGGACUGCUGAUCCAGGAUCUGUGCCUCGACACCCCACCUACACCAACCCCACCUACAUCUGGUACAAGAAUGGACAGAAUGUACAAGAUAACUCCUCCCCCAUGUACUCCAUCAGCAGUGAGGAUGCAGACAGUUACUACUGUGCUGUAAAAGGCCACAAUGGUCUCAGCUCUCCUGCAGUGUAUAAACCAAAGACCACAGUGUCAGUCAGUCCCUCUGGUGAAAUAGUGGAGGGCAGUUCAGUGACUCUGACCUGCAGCAGUGAUGCCAACCCACCUGUGCAGAGUUACACCUGGUGGUACAAGAAGAAUGGAGGUGACUAUCAGAGUAUGACAGGACCACAGCAUGUCUUCAAUCAAAUCCAGUCAUCUGACAGUGGAGAGUACUACUGUGAGGCCCAGAAUGAGAUGGGGACAGACAGGUCUAGCACCAUAAACAUGGAUGUGAAAUAUGACCCAAAGAGCACCUCAGUGUCAGUAAGUACCUCUGGUGAAAUAGUGGAGGGCAGUUCAGUGACUCUGACCUGCAGCAGUGAUGCCAACCCACCUGUGGAUAAAUACACCUGGUACAAGAAGAAUGGAGCUUCACUGACAGGAUCUGAAAAGACAUACAAUUUCACAACCAUCAGCUCUGAGGACAGAGGAGAAUACUACUGUGGGGCUGAGAAUAAAUAUGGACAUCUCAACUCUUCUUCUGUGUCUGUGGACGUUCAGUAUGGCCCAAAGAACACCUCAGUGUCAGUCAGUCCCUCUGGUGAAAUAGUGGAGGGCAGUUCAGUGACUCUGACCUGCAGCAGUGAUGCCAACCCACCUGUGGACAAAUACACCUGGUACUUUCAAAAUAAGACUUUUCAAAAUGGAUUUGGACAGAUGUACAACAUAAGUAAGUUCAAGUCUAAGGACAAUGGACAUUACCACUGUGAGGCCUGGAAUGGAAGAGGAUCUAUGAACUCUACAGCUCUGAUGAUCAGUUUACCAGGGAAACAGACCUCAGUUAUGAAUGCAGCUGUAGGAAUCAUAGUGGUUGUUCUGGUUCUCAUCCUCUGUCUCUCUGGACUCAUGUGGUUCAGGAAGAAGUCCUCCAAAUCCAUCUCUGAAACAAGAGACACAUCAGAGAAUGUACAGGGAGACUCUAGUCCAGUGUAUGACAACAUCUCAGGCAUGGCCAUGGCCCCUACUGCAACACAGACAGCAGCCACCGUCGUCCAGGAUGACGUUCACUACGCCAGCGUCCACUUCUCUCGCUUCAAAAUCCAGGAAGUGCCUCUGUACUCCACUGUCCAGCUGCAUCAACCCCAGAAACAGGACGAGGAUGUCCAGUACGAUGCUGUGAAAUUCAACUGCCCCAGUUAUGCUAACCGACCCACGGCAGCACAAGCAGCUGAGGAGGACUCCUCUGUUCUCUACAGUACAGUCAACAAACCCUGAACCAAGAAGACCUGAACACAACAAACCCAGAACCAAGAAGACCUGAACACAACAAGUUUGACAGAAACCCUGUAUAUCUGGACCUAUACAGCCAAACUAAGUGUUAUAAUAAUGUAUCAUAAGAUAUGCCAUUUAGAAAAUGCUUUCAUCCAAAGCGACUUAUUAUUAUGUGUGAAUACAUUUUUCAUGCCGGUGGCCCCAUUGGGAAUGGAAACCAUGCAGCAUGCUCUACCAACUGAGCCACACAGGACUAUUCAAACUUAGU